AUGCAGAGAGUGCAAAAGUCAGAUGAGAAUGAAGAGCAAGAAGAUCAGGAAGAAGAUGAGGAAGAAGAAGAGAAAACAGAUGAAGAUUAUUGCGACACAAAUUCAGAACCUCUUAAUCAGAAAGCAACAAAACCAAUUAGAAUUGACAGAAAUACAGGUUUUAAUAAACUCGUUAAAGUAGAAGAGCAUAACUCAAGAAGUAACUGUUUAACGUGUUCAAUAUGCUUGGGAAGUAAACUGUCUGAUGAUAAAGAAGGAGUUGAAAUUGAUGAGGAGGAAACUGAUGAAGAUGAAGAAGAACAAGAAGAUGAAUCUGUUGAUGAUGAAGAGGAGGAUGAAGAUGACUAUGUGACACGUUUAGAAAAUUCAGUUUUUCAAGAGAAAUUAAGCGAAUACAUGAAGGAGUUUAAAAUACAAACAGAUGACAUCAUUAAAACAGAAACAUAUGAUAUUGUUAAGUCAGAAACGCAUGAGAGCAUGUGUCAAUCUAUAAAGCCUGUUCCACUUAGACGUAGAAAUUCGAGAAGGAACUCCAUCCUUCCGGGAUCUGAAAUGUGUAACGAAAUAUUAGCUUUUAACAAUACUUUAAAAUCUAAUCAAAAUCAAAUGCUGAAUAACAAAAUAAUAAAGUUCCCUGCUACAGAAAUUGUACAUACUCAUAUACCUGAACCAAUUACUAAACAAAAUCUUGCAAAUGAUAAGAAUAAUUCUACAGAUUUAUUACUUGAUGUUCUUGAAAUAAAGAAAUUACCAGAACCCAUAAAAGAACUAAAAACUUUGAUGUCAAACAAUGAUGCAAAGCAAACUCAAGUAAAGAAAAUUCAGUUGAGUUUAGAAGAAGCCCAUAAACAUAUGAAAGAGCUUAAAUCGACUGUCAAAAUUAGACUAUUUAUGAUGGAAGAUUUAGCAAAGAAUGAAAACACAGUUGCUAAGGCUGCGGCAAAAUUUGAACAUAAAAGGAGUGAAUUGGAAAAAAAGUGUUCGCAAACAGAAUCAAAAAUAUCUGAAGUAAAAUCUAGGCCUGAUUAUGAUUUCUUUUACAAGAAACCUCUUUUGAAAAAGAAAAUCGAAUUAUAUAGAAACAGGACGAUUUAUUAUAAGAACAGAUUGAGGGACAUUGCAAUGAUACAUCAGACUGCACUUGAAUCAUUUAAAAAUAGUAGCAAAAUUUGGAAAUCACUGAAUGCCUCUACAGAGGAAAUGAUCAAUUUAAAGAGGCAAUUAAUGACAGAAGUGGAACGUAAACAACAACUGGAAGACGAACUUGCAGAAGAUCAAAAGAAAAUUCAUGAACUGGAAGAAAAAUACAAUUUAACUGCUUCUAAAGUCAAAGAUAUACCAUCGGACAAUGAAGAUGGAAAAAUGAAUGAUAAAUCGAAAAGUAGUCAUCCUGAUAAGAAAAAAAAUUUAUUAGAUGUCAGUGCAAGAAUAACACAUCUUGAUACUGUUUUAAAAGAAAAAUCUAUAGAUUUGGAAAGAACGGCAGAUAUAGACGAAAAGGAAGCUCUGCGUCACGAAAUUCAGAAUUUAAGGCGUACCAGAGAUUGUUUAGUAGAUGAAAAAUGCGAUCUCGAUGAGAAGUUUCAAAAAGAAAAAGCAUUGUCCACUGUAGAGGAACGAAAAUUAUUGGAAUGUGGUGAAACCAUCGAAGCUAUUGAUGCUAUGAUCGAACACAAAAAUGAAAUGAUAUGCGGUAGAAAAGGUUUCGAUGAAAAUCAAGCACAACGCGAGAAAGGAGAGAGAAUGUUAAUGGAAAGACUGGCAAAACUAUCAGACGGAGAAAUGAAAACGUUAUUCUAUAAAUAUUUCUUAAAAGUAAUUGAUUUAAAGGAAAGCUCAAAGAACCUAGAAGUCCAAGUUGCAGAAUUAGAGGGCCAUAUAGAAACACAGAAAUGGGAAAUACAUACUCUCACAAACGCAUUGAAACAGACAAAGUUGGAGGCUGAGAGAAGAAUCGCACUAAUGCAACGGAAGUAUGAGCAGAAAUUGCUUGCUAUGUACAGACACAUUGGAGAGGAAACAAGUAGUUCUGGGCCUGAAACACUAGAUACAGAUACAGAACUUGCUAGACAUAUAGAACAAAAUGAAAAUUAUCCAUACCCAGUCAGGAUACCACCACCAGCGAACGCAGUUCAGGGACCAACAACCAAAGUAACUAAGGAACGAAAUAAACUGAUAAUACAAAAAACAACCAGCCGUGAUAAAAGAAGGAAGUGA